AUGGCUAACGGAGAUGACGGUCGUCAAUUUAUCUUGAUUGCUGGUUUUGUUCAUGAUGUCACCGAUUUUAUCGACUCUCAUCCUGGUGGUCGAGCUCUACUUAAGAAUAUUUUAGAUGCAAUUGUAAAAUUACUUAAUUCUAAGUCCAUUAUGUCCAACAAGUCUGAACAAGAUCAAAUCGAUCGAAGAGAUUCUACACUGUCUAGUGAUUCUACUUCGGAAUGGGUUCGAUUUGGAAAUACGAAAGUGAUGAAAUAUUCUAAAGAAUAUCAUCAUAAACGAUCGAAAAAUAAUCGAGCCGUAAAGAAAUCACGACAGAAAACUAAAGAAAGCAAGAAAGCAAGAGAAUUAAAAAUGGCCACGUUAGUCACUGAAAAUCAACAAUUGACUAAUCGAGUCGAUCAACUUACGAAAGAACUGGAAUCACUCAAAUCAUCCUACAGAAAUAUUGCAUCAAAUAUUAUCAAUUAA